AUGAUGCUCGCGCUCUCCACGCGCGCGCCCGCGGGCGGCGCCGCGAUCUCGAGCGCGCGCGGAGGAAAGCGCUCGACGCGCGGCGCGCGACGAUGCGCGGCGAACGCCGUCGCGGCGAGCGCGGAGACGAAGAAACCGACGACGGUGGAGUACCAGCGCGAGCGCGCGAAGAUGAUGGUGCGGUACUUUAAGGAAAAACAGUACGAUCAGGCGGUGGAGGACGCGCAGGUGUUUGGAUUCACGCCGAGCAAUGAGAUUAAUAACGGACGGUGGACGAUGUUCGGGCUGUUGGUGGGGAUGCUGACGGAAUUCGCGACGGGGGUGGAUUUCAUCGAUCAAAUCAAGCUGACGGUGAGCGUGUUGGGGAUCGCGGACAUUUACGAUUGA